AAUCCAGCUCGCUCGCGCGCUGCGCUCGUAACGCCUUAAUAAACAGCUGUUGAAUCGCGCGCGGACAGUGAGAGGUUAAAAGAAGUAAGAAGCAAGAGGACAAAGCCGUGACAUGUUUUUGUUAAUGCUGCUAUGAUGGAUUUGACUAAAAUGGGCGUUAUCCAUCUCCAAAACCCUGGGCACCCGGCAAGUCUCCUGCAGAAGGCUAACCAGAUGCGUCUGUCGGGGACAUUGUGCGAUGUGGUCAUUAUGGUGGACAGCCAGGAGUUCCAUGCCCACAGAACUGUACUGGCGUGCGUCAGCAAGAUGUUUGAGAUCCUGUUCCAUCGAAAUAGCCAACACUACACUCUGGAUUUUCUCUCACCAAAGACCUUCCAGCAGAUCCUGGAAUAUGCUUACACUGCCACACUCCAGGCUAAACUUGAAGAUUUAGAUGACCUGCUAUAUGCUGCAGAGAUCCUGGAAAUCGAGUACUUAGAGGAGCAGUGUCUGAAGAUCUUGGAGACCAUUCAGUCAUCUGAAGAAAACGACAUGGACGUAAACACAAAUGAGAAUGGCACAGAAGAUGAUGAUGAGCGUCGGAUGAAGUAUUUAAAGAGCACUUUUCUGUCUAAAAAACAUUCCAUACAGGAGGGUAACUACAGCUCUGCUGGCCGCCAUCGACUGGCCAUAGGCAACAUGAUUGACAAGAAGCCUUUAGUGUCAGCGCCACUGGGCCUUAAUACCAUCAGCCCCACGAGGGCUGCUGUAGAAAGUUUGAUGAGCAUUGGCCAGUCUCUCCUGGCAGGGACUGUUCAACAAGGCCUCCCUUUCCCCCAGGAAAACUCUUCUCCAUUGCUAGAAAAGAUUAAGACUGAAAUGAUGCAAGUGGAUGAGGAGGACGGCCACGAGGGUAGCUCUUCUAGAAAUGGAGAUGGCAUCAGCGAGUCCAAACAGCACAGAGGCACUCCGGGAACCCCCACUAGAGGCACCGUCAUCACUAGUGCUAGGGAGCUCCAUUCCACUGAUGGUGUUCCUGAAUCACAUGGAGAUGCCAGCCAAGUGGGACCAGCAAACGUUGCCAGUCUGGCUGAGAGACAUCUUGCAACAUUGUAUAACCAUAAGAAUGAGAACAUGCUGCCCAUAUCUGUAUCCAUGGCUUCAUCUCUGCACAUGCCACCCACCCUUGCUAUGUCUGCAGACUUUGGUGCCUACGGCGGUCUCUUUCACCAGAGCUUCAUUCAGCGGGAGUUCUUCAGUAAACUGAGCAAUUGCACAGCAGGUGCAAGGCAUGAGGGCCAGAGGGAGCGCUGCAGUGUGUGUGACAUGGAGCUACUGGAUAGUGAGACUGCAGAGCAACACAGGAAACUGCAUAGUGACAUGAAAACCUUUGGCUGUGAGUUCUGUGGAAAACACUUUUUGGAUAGCUUACGGCUGAGGAUGCACAUGCUGUCACACUCAGAUGGACCAAAAGCGCUGGUGUGCGAUCAGUGUGGAGCUCAGUUCUCUAAAGAGGAUGCCUUGGAGGCCCAUCGGCAGACUCACACAGGCUCAGAUAUGGCUGUGUUUUGUCUCCUGUGUGGAAAACGCUUCCAGACUCAGAAGGCACUGCAGGGCCACAUGGAGGUCCAUGCUGGUGUGCGUAGCUACAUCUGCAGCGAGUGUGAUCGAACUUUCCCCAGCCACACAGCUCUUAAACGCCAUCUUCGCUCCCACACAGGUGACCAUCCGUAUGAGUGCGAGUUCUGUGGCAGCUGCUUUCGGGAUGAAAGCACGCUGAAGGGCCAUAAGCGCAUCCAUACUGGAGAGAAACCCUAUGAAUGCAACAGCUGCGGCAAAAGGUUCAGUCUUAAACACCAGCUGGAGACACACUACCGCGUACACACAGGUGAGAAGCCAUUUGAGUGUAAGCUGUGCCACCAGCGUUCACGUGACUACUCAGCCAUGAUCAAACACCUACGCACCCACAACGGAGCUUCACCCUACCAGUGUACCAUCUGCCAGGAGUAUUGCCCCAGUCUCUCAGCCAUGCAGAAACACAUGAAAAGCCACAAGCCUGAGGAUGUUCCCCCAGAUUGGAGGAUCGAGAAGACCUAUCUCUACCUAUGCUACGUAUAAGACAGCUGAAGAAAGGAAAGAGGAAACUGGUGGCUCAUUCACUCACUUUGCUCCAAGCCUGGGCCAAAGAUGGAGAAGGGGAAAGUGAUCAAAGCUUUAGUGUAGAAUGUUUAUUCUUUAUUUUCACACCAUAUCAUAUGCACAUGUUCAAAUCCAUCUCUAGGGUGUAAUGUAUUGUUAAAAUGACAACAUUACAAAGGUAGUAAAACCCUUUUAAAAAUAAUAUGAUAUUUCAUAAUCUUAUAGACCAUCUUACUAGCAAAUAGCCCAUUGCUUUAUUUCUCCUGUUAUACUCACAAUUCAAACUUUCAUCCAAACCAUUGACAAAAGUGAGCAAAAAUGUUUAUUGCAGCCGAAUGCACAGGAAAAGAAGAUAAUUACAUGAAAAAUUUCCAAAAUCAAAUAAGAUGUAAAAAGUAAAAUAAAAACUCUCUCUGUUUAGCAGUGUAGGCCGAUCAUGCAGCUCAUUUUGAGUGUCAGAAGCACUUACUAGUGGCCAUUUGAUCACAGGUAAAGUCAAAUUAUUGCUAAAUUAUGGUCACAAAAAAAUCAAGGAUGUUCAGGGUGUUCAGAGAGUAACUACACUGUGCACUUUCACAACUGAGUUGAUUUCAUAAUUACGAUGAAUAGCAUAAUCAUGAAUAUGGACCAGAGAAUUGGUUUUCUUUUCAUUAGCUUCCCACCAUUCUACUACUAUUGACAUUAGUGUAGCAGGGCUAAUCUUAACAUUUGAAUGUGCAUAUGUUGUGUUGUGAUGAAGUUAAGCAGUAUUAGUGGAUUAAAACUUAAAUUUAGGGUUGCGUACAUUAGUAAAAGCAUUUUUGUGUGUGUGCCGUAUAUAGGUACUUUGACUGCUGGACAUUGCAAUGGGCUAUCGUGUUGGAGCAUCCUAUGAUUAAUUAUACAGCAGGCUGAAUAAGAAUGAGGUAUUUUAAAUACUUAGAAAAUGAAAAGAUCAAGAUAACUUAACUAGAAGAGAUUAAAAAUGAAUAUGCAGUAUUCAGUUCUUUCCUUUUCAUGGUUUAUAUUUGACCUUUUUUUCAAACGUUACUUGAAUUAUUUGAUUGUCUUGUGCUUGGUUUAUUUUUUUUUAUUAUACCACAGCACUGGUGCAUGCACUGAUAAUUGGUCAGUAGCUGUUGAUUCAUUUUCUAUAACAGCAAUUCUGACAGAAGUGUUCGCUGCAAAGCAAAUCACAAUUUUAGAAUAAUGAGUUUUCUCUAAUGCAUUAUUGUUUCUAUAGUAACUUAAACAGUGACUCAUAUGGCAGAUGCUUCACAUAAAUCAACAAAAUAUUUUAAGUAUGAUAUAAAAUUUGCAUCAAUUUUUUUUUUACAUUUUUGGAAGGGGCUAGCAUCAAUGAUGUGUGAUGGAGUUAAACUUGUAACUUUAAGGUUUCUGACAUGCUGCAUUUCUUGUCAUAUAGACUAAAAGACAGAAAACAAAAAUGUGAGGGAGUGACUUUUUAUAGCUGCUAUAAUUUAAGUGACAACAGCAACAACCUUUUUUACAUAUAAAAAAGGUGUAUAAGUAUAAUAGGAUAAAAAAGUAAGAUGUGUCAAUCUUCGGUAAAUAAAUUGGUGAUAGAGAAAGAAUAACAACACACUUCAGGACACGCUGUUUUUGAAAAAGUAUCAAAUGCAAAUGUUUUCUUAAAACAGCGCACCCCCUUUGUGUGUUUUGUCUGUUUUGUGGUUUAUUGAGCUUUGUUUCAGGAAAUUUGGUUAUAAUACAAUACAAUGGUUUAAUUAGCCAUAAUAAAACUCAUCAUAAUCUGCACUCAGUGAGAGCUGCACAAAAAUGCUCUUUGCAUUAAUAUCAGGUUUAGCACUGCUCAAAUGUAUGCUUUUCAGCCCUAUAUGUGCUACCUCUUCAUGGCUCUUUGUUUUGAAUGAAAGCAAAAGCACAUUUGAUUAUGUUUCUGAUUUGCAUUUUAAUCUUAUCUUUUGCUUAAUUCUCAGAGAUCUUGAUUUACUUGACUGACAUCAUAUUUACACUCCAUAUCUAAUUGACCAUUUUAAAAUGAAACAGAUCAUAUUCAGAUUUUUUUAUUUCCAUUAAAUUUUUAUAAAAUGUUGAUGAGCUAUGGUAUAGGGGUAAAGCCUAAGAAUAGUGUUGUCUUUUUAUGUGAAAAUGAUUGUAAAGUGAAAUUGUCAAAUGACAUGCAGUUCAUGAAUUGUGUGUAAAGUCACUUAUGGGGGAAAACAUUUACAGAGGCAAAAGCAAAAAAAAAAAAAAAAAGACAAGAGCCAAAUGUGGCACUUUGAUAAGAAAAAAAUUGUUGUAUUUUUGUAUCCUGUAAUGUGCAAAAUCUGUCCACUUGUUUAUAGUUAAGUGAGUCAAGUACUUUUACAGUAACUUUUACAUCGUGUUUGUUUUUGGUGAUACUUUUUGUGCCUCUUUUACAAUGUUGACAAUGUUCAGUAGUAGAUGUUUGUAAAGCUUUGUGGUCACUGCUGCUGAGUGUCAGUUUUUCAUAUGUAAUGAUCUGCCAAGAUUUGCAGGCCUACUAGUAUCAUAAAGCACAAAAUACCUAACAGAAAAGGCAGAAAUAUAUUUUUUUCUGUUUGCUUGCAUUGUGGUCACAACAUAUUCACUGUGAGAUUCAAAACACAUUAUAUGCAGUUAUACGCAGGUUUUUGUCUGUGUGCAGUGCGAGUAAAAAGACUUAUUGUGGUCAACUUGUUUAGUGUGUAAGUGCACUACUUAUGAAGAAAGAAAAUAAUCUUCCAUAAAGCCACAAAAGACUUAAUUGUAAUAUUGUUAUUGUAAUAUCAAGUUAUUGCAUAUGUCCAGAAAUUCUGAAGCUAUUUCACCACUGAAAUGAACUGUAACAAACAGGGAUUUCAUUCAUUUCUUUAAUGCACAUUCAGAUCACAGCCAUUAAAUGGAUUUUGGCAGUCAAAAAGAAUUGUUAUUGAACUUUUAGUUCAUUUCAUUCCUUUGUUUUUUGUUAUUUAGGUAAGGUGUGAACAUACACUGUGAAAAUGUUUGCCACUCUAGGGUUUACAGAAAAAUCACUUUGAUUUCAUGCACGAUCAUAUGUUUUUUUUACAUGUGAGUAAUAUGUAAUCACAUAUAACAGUACAUUUAAACCUGAUAUGCACUGAAACUGCACAUGUCAACUUAAGUAUAUUUGACAUCAGUUGUAGGAAAAAUUACAUAAGCAAAAUAAAGACAUGCACUACAUGUAAAGAAAUCCAAAUGAUAAAAUGUGUAAAAUGUGAUACAGUAUGUGAAGUGCAUAAAAACAGUUGAUGUGGCUUUUCUGUAAGGGGCAACCUUUGUUGUAGGGUUUGCAAUAAAACCAUAUGCAGAGCACAGAGUUGGCAAAGUGGCACCCUUGUGUCACUGUGUUUUAUUUACCGUACCCUAGAUGCAGCCAUUUUUUUUCCUUCAGUGCUCCCUUAUCUGUGCCAAUUAAAUAAAAUUUGAUACAUAGUCAUAACAUUUGACAAAGCACUGAGAAACCAUGUUGGACCAAAUUAAAUAUUUUUUUCAAAUAUAGAUUAUUAUCUUGCAGUGACAUUGUACUUUUAUGUUACAGUAAUUUGAAUUAAUUGUCUUUCAGUUCUUUGUAUUGUCUACCUCAGCACCAGUUCUUUAUAUAAUCCUUAAAAGGUGCCCAAUUACAGGCGAUCUGUUUUGUUAAUUGUCUCAAUUGUGCAUUUAUGUACUUUUUUUAUUUUAGCAUUUGGAGAUUAUUUCUAUUUUGGAUUGUUGUAUUUUUUCCAGUAUAUUCAGCAUAAGGUUGAUACACUGUCUUUUGGAAGUGUGUGAUGGCAUUGAUGCAGAUUGAGGUGUAUUCCUUUCUCUCCUCUUCGUGUGUGGGCUCGAGCACAGCUCUGUGUUACUCGUAAUGUUGUCUGGGGUGUGGAAAAACAAUAAAAAUCUA